AUGCCAGGCCUGACCCCCGAGCAGCUCGCGGCCUUCGAGCGCGACGGCUUCCUCGUGAUCCCUCGGGCGCUGUCGCACGCUGUCUGCGAUGAGCUGCGCGCCAAGGCGGGCGAGUACGUGGCGCAGUGCGACGUGAACGCGCACCGCUCCAUCUUCACCACGAACGAGCAGACGCGCCGCAUGAACGACGAGUACUUCCUCGAGUCGGGCGACAAGAUCCGCUACUUCUUCGAGGAGCACGCGUUCGAGGCCGACCGCAAGACGCUGGCCGUGCCGCUGGAUGUAGCCAUCAACAAGAUCGGCCACAACCUGCACAACCUCGACCCCGUCUUCCACAAGGUCAGCUACGCGCCGGAGGUCACGGACAUCCUCAAGUCGCUGGGCUACGUGCGCCCCAUGGCCGUGCAGUCCAUGUACAUCUUCAAGCAGCCGAGUAUCGGCGGGGAGGUCAAGCCCCACCAGGACGGCAGCUACCUCUACACGGAGCCGCAGUCCGUCGUGGGCUUCUGGUGGGCGCUCGAGGACUGCACGCUCGAGAACGGCUGUCUGCACGGCGUCCCGGGCUCGCACUUGACGGUGCCCGUGCGUCAGAGGCUCAGAAGGACGACCAAGGAGCAGCAGGAGCAGAAUGGUGGUUUGCUGCUGGAGAACGUACCGGAGACAGUUGAGCCCUUUGAUGUGAGGAAGAGCCAACCGCUGAUCACGAACAAGGGGGACUUGGUGCUGUUGCACAGCUCCUUCGUGCACUACAGCGAGGCCAACAAGUCCCCGCACUCGCGCCACGCCUACUCGAUCCACGUCGUGGAGAGCCACAGUGUGGCCUACCCCGCGGACAACUGGCUGCAGACCACGGGCAACGUGCCCUUCAAGCCCAUGUACGAGAGCUAA